AGAAAUUUAAGGUGUUCCGCUAGAAAUUUAAGGUGUUGUUGAUAUAUGACAGACUCCUUCCUGUUUUUUUAUAUUCUAAGGAUCAGUGAUACAAGAAGAAGAAGAAGUUGCAAAGUGGACAAAGUGGUUGUUCCAUGUCCAAUGUCUAUAAACUACUUUAAUCGAAGUUGUAAUAAAUAAUGGCAAAUGGCAAUACUUGUGUAAACAUUUUAUGAAUAUCUUAGUUUAUUCUAUUGUAUUUAUUUACAUAAAUUCACCUAAAUGUUCUAAAUAUUGUUAGAAAAACCGUAUAAAUAAAACAAAAGACAAUUGAAAAGAAUGUGUCGCCAUGUCACUGCGGUGAUUUCAGAAACUAAACGUAAUAAAUAUGGCGAUACUUGUGUAUAGAUUUUGUUAAAUUAAUAAUAAUUUAAUUAUUCACAUAAAUGUGUAAAACAUUUACAUUUCUAAGUAUAAUUAAAAUAAAAGAGUGGUACGGUUUGUAUAGUGUAUAUUAACGUAUCUUAUAGGAAGUAAAAACAUGGAAGUCGAAAAGAAAUUGAAUGAAGAUACCGGUGAGAAAUCUGAUAAAAUAAUUUCUACUAAAGUACCAAAUUCAGAAAAGGACGAAAAGAAAAGUGAACUUACUAGUAAUACAGCCGAGGGGACUGAACCUCCUGUUAAAAAAGUAAAUGAAUCCGAUAAAAAUAAACCUAAUGAGAACAAUGCUGUUCCCAAACCUUCCCCUAAGAAAACUAAAGAGGAUAUAAAUAAGUUAAAAUUAUUAGUUGCCGAUGAUGAUGACGAUGAUGAUGUCCCCGGCGAUUUUUUCGAUGAUUUUUUAAAAGAGGAUUUUAUGGCUGGAUUGGAUAUAGUAGAUGAUGAUGAUUGGGAUGAAGAAAAAAGUAAAAAGAUGCAUGAAUCCAGAUUGACUAAUAAGACGCAGAAAGAGAAGCCUGUUGAAAUAAAAACACCUCAAAAUAAAAACGAUAUUGUGAAAAAACGAGAGUUAAGAAGAGAUCCAGAAAAAACUAAAAGGGCUAUUGAAAAGGAUAAAGCAAGUAAAAUAUUAUCUGAAAAAGUUAAGUUAUCUCAGACAGGUUUAGUGCCACCAGGAAUGGAGAUGGAAAUGGACAUACCUGAAAUGAAAAUAGAUUCACCUUUGCAGACGAAGAAAGAAGAAUUAUCGAAAGCUUCACAAGAAAAAUCAUUUGUGAAAUCCACUUCGAUAAACAGUUCUACCUCGAAGGAUGUAAACAGUUCUACCUCGAAGGAUGGAAGUUUGUUCCCUAAAAAAUUAAAUAAAAUUCCAGUAUCUGUAGAACAUAGUACGUUAAGUUCCAGAAGUCCUAGUCGUAGAUCUAGAAGUCCAAAACCUAUGCAUAGAACUUUUAGGAGAUUGGUAAGUCCUAGAAAAAGAUCUAGAAGUCCUAGAAAACGAUCUAGAAGUCCUAGAAAACGAUCUAGAAGUCCUAGAAAAAGACUUAGUCCUAGAAAAAGAUCUAGAAGUCCUAUAUCUGCUUAUGCACCUAGAAGUCAGAGGCGCAGAUCUAAGAGUCCACUAUAUAGAGGUGAUAAAAGAUUAGAAAGAAAUAGAAACAGUAGGAGUCGUAGUCAACCUAGAAAACGUAGACGAUCUAGAUCUAGAUCUCGAUCUUUAUCAAGGAAACAUGCAGAAAAGAAAUCAUUUUUACAAGAAAUUGCUGAAAAACUAAAUGAAACCAGACCUGUUAAUGUAGUAUACCAGCCUCCUUUACCAACAGGAUAUCCUAACGUAACAAAUUCAGUUGGGCCUGUAGAAGCAGGUAAACCUCCCCACAUGUCAGUACCUCCUCCAGCAGUAUUCACCAAUGUUAGACCUCCAGUUGUGUUUCCUCAAGUUCCACCUCAGCUGUCUACUCAAUAUCCUACUCCAGUUAGGUAUGAGAGGUAUGAUCAAAAUUUCUUUAUUGGUGGAGCUCAGGUUCCUUCAAAUGUUGCCAAUUCAUUUAAUAUACCUAUGCUGAAUACUCCACCUCCAGUUAACAAUAUUCCAGUUCCUCCAAUGAGGGAUAAUCUUCUAGAGCCUACAAACAUCCUGAUGUCUACUCCUAAUCCACCAAGCUUUCAAGAACCAAGUAAUAAUCAAGGAGAUAUACAAAAGCUAUUUGAGGAGAAGAAAAUUUCUUUGACUGAUUUUCUGGCUGUAACUGCAAAACCUGAAGUUUAUGCUGCCAGUCCUGAAAAUUUGAAAGAGAAAAUAAAGGUAAUAAGACGUUGUCAAGACGCCAUUGAAUAUCUGGAACAAAGCGAAAAGAAAUUUUCUGGACCGUUAUUGAUUCAAAGAAAAGCCAAGUCAAGCUCCAACCCCCAACAGUUCCAAUCUCCUUUGGUGAAGAGUUAUCAAUUGAAGGUUCCAUUCACAGAAAUUCCUACACCUGCGCAACAAAAAAUUGCGUUUAGUGAAUAUAUACAAAAGCUUAUGGAUCAAGUAGGACUUACUGAAGAAGUAAUUGUUAUUGAUGAUCAUAGCUUCUCAGAUGAUGAAACUAGUACUCAAAACAAAUCCUCCCCUCCUCCAGCUCCUAUGGUUUCCCCUCACAAAACACAUCCAGUUGAGAUAACAAAAUCCAAUAACUAUGUUAAAAAUCGUCUGCAAAAGCUGGUCCAAACUGAGCCUUCUACAUGUAAAUCUUGUGAUGAACGGAAAAAAAGACUUGUAAAAUCUGUUGGUGUCCAAACAGUAUCAUCUGCAUCCUUUUCCUUUUCUAUUAGUACACAAGUUAGAGAAGAAGAUUUUUAUGAUGCAAUUCCUAGAAACCAGUCAUUGGCUUCAUUAACUCCUGCUCAGUUAUUGGGAAGAUCUUCUGGAAGAGGUCCCGAAUUGGAUAACAUACCGCCUAGACCUGCAGGCUAUCCUUAUUUUGAUCAAAGGAAUCUUAAUCUUAACCGAUGGUAGAUUUAAUUAAUUUUAAGAAUUUUUGUAUUAUACAUUUCUUAUGUUUGACUUUGGAAUAUGUACAAAAUAAGAAGUAUGUAGUUUUAAUUUUUAUCUGGUACAAUGUAAUUGUAUGUAAUGUCACUUCUGAAUAUAAGUUAAAUAACCGGA